AUGUUUGGCCGUUCUUCUUCUACAGGUCCUCCAGUAGGACCAAGCACAGGAGGAGGAUUAUUUGGGAAUACGGGCAACCAGCAAAGCACUAGCGGUGGUCUUUUUGGUAAUAACAAUGCCACAUCAGGUAACACUGGAGGAGGGUUAUUUGGAAACAAUAACAAUACAGCGACACAGACUGGCGGAGGAUUAUUUGGCAGUAAUCCAGCAGGCACCAACAACAAUACGAACCAAACCGCAGGAGGACUUUUCGGAAGUUCUAAUAAUACAGCCACUGGCUCCACAGGUGGCCUAUUUGGUAACUCAGGAGCCGGGUCUGGCGGAGGCUUAUUCGGGAAUAAGUCAGCACAACCACAGACCACUGGUUUUGGAAGCUCUGGAACUGGAGGAGGAUUAUUUGGAUCCAAACCAGCACAACCACAGACUACCGGUUUCGGAGGCUCUGCAACUGGUGGAGGAUUGUUUGGAUCCAAACCAACUACCGGAGGCCCAUUCGGAAAUCAACAACAGCAAUCCCAACAAUCUGGUUUAGGAAUGUUUGGACAAACACAAAAUCAAUUUCAACAGCCACCACAACAACAGAUACAACAGACUCAACAGAGUGCCAUUAAUUUCAUUAACCAAUUAGCUAUCACGCCGAUGACCAAGAUAUCGGAGCUUCCGAUUCAAAUUCGUCAAGAAAUCGAACAAUUGGACCAAUUCAUUAGAACGCAAGUGUCUUUAUCCAAACAUCUUGAAGCUGAUCUACAAGAUCAAACUGAACUAUUGGAUUCAAUCCCUCGUGACAUCAAGUAUCUACAAAAAUUGCAUUUCAACGCAACAAGAUCACUAUCAUCAGAUUUGAAACGAAUCGAUGCCAUCAAGACACUAGUGGAUAAAGAUGUUAAACAAUUGGAAAAUUUUGCUAUAAUGUUGCAACAACUAGUCAGUAAGGGAUUCAAAAUAUCAAACGUUGAGAUAGAUAAGUUCUUCCAGGAAAAAUUAAUCACAUACAAACACAAAUUAAAUGACUACAACGACACUCUAAGCAAUAUUGACGACGCAGUGUCAGGUCUAGAGAAUGAUCUCUUUGGGAACGAUUCAUCCGAAGAUGAUGAUACCAAGGUCGGUGUUAACAUUAUCGUCAGCGUUCUAAUCGAAGAGUUCAAACUAUUCAUGGAUACAGCUGAAAGAAUAGCAGAACUGCAUCAGAAGUGUAAAGAAAUAAUAGUUAAAUAG